AUGAAAGAGGAACAGGAACUUUGCAGUAAUCUAGACCAGAAGGACCCAGAGCCUCCACAAAUGAAAGAGGAACAGGAACUUUGCAGUAAUCUAGACCAGAAGGACCCAGAGCCUCCACAAAUGAAAGAGGAACUGGAGAAACGCUGCAAAAGUCGGGGCAGUCAGCAGCUUGUACUGAAUCAGAAGGCAGAUACCUCAACGCCAGUUCAGUGCAAGUCCAAAUGUGAAGAAUUUCGAGUCUCUCAAAACACAACUGGCCAGUCUGAGAAAGAGAUCAAUCAUCAGCACAGACUACUUAAUGUCACCUCAAAACUCCAAAUUAAGUUACACAGAAUAGAUCUCCAACAGCGACUUGUUUGUAAGGAGCAGGAGAUUUUCACUGACCAUCAAUCCUGUAACCAGGAGGGGAACUCCAGGUUGGAUCAGAAGGACCCAGACCCUCCACAGAUUAAAGAAGAACAGAAGGAACUCUGCAUCAGUCUGGACCAGGAUGACCUACAGUCUCCACAGAAGAAAAGGAAACUCGGCAGUCAGAAGGGAGAGCAGCCUUUACUGAAGAAAGAGACUGAUACCUUUAUGGUGUUUUCUACUUGUGAAAAAAGUGACCACAAUGAACCAGAACCAAACAGUGACCAGCUCCUCUAUCAUAACUCUCAUUUAGCUGAGAGACAAGACCAGGAAGGAAGCAAGCACUCAAACUCAGGUUCAACUAGCAAUGUGAUGCUGAAGACACAUGGCAGAAAGAGCAGUCACAGUGACACUGUUGGCAACUCCUCUGUGUCAGUCAUUCACUGUGAUGCUGACAAAACGAAAAAGGCUCUAACAUGUGACGUCUGUGGAAAAGCCUUUAAAUGCAAGUUCAAUUUACAGAGACAUCUCAGAAUCCACACGGGUGAGAAGCCAUUUGCUUGUGAAACAUGUGGGAAAAGUUUCACUCAAAAUCAUCAUUUGACUGCUCACAUGAGAACUCACACAGGUGAGAAGCUUUACCUUUGUAACGUCUGUGGAAAAAGGUUUUAUGGGCUUACAGCAUUCCAAAGGCAUACAGCAAUUCACAGAGAUGAGGAUUUGCAAUCUUGUAAAAUAUGUGAGAAAGGUUUCACUCAUCGUAGUAGUUUGAAAGUUCACAUGAGGCUCCACACAGGUGAGAAGCCCCAUUCUUGUAUAAUAUGUAAGAAAGGUUUUGUUCAUAGUAGUAAUUUGAAAGUCCACAUGAGAAUCCACACAGGUGAGAAGCCAUACCAUUGUAACACGUGUGGGAAAAGAUUUGGUGACCCGUCAACAUUUAGAAGUCAUACAGCAGUCCACACACGUGAGAAACUGUAACGUUUC